AUGCUUAAGAAGAAGGAGGCGUCAAAUAGCGAGUUCCUGGAAAAGUAUGAAAAUGAAUGCUUUAGUAGAGAACUACAGAACUUCAGAAAUUCGAAGAUUGAAGAACAAGAGCGGCAACACCUAGAGGCGAUCAAGAAGGAGGCGAGGAAGCGACAGCGCCGGGAUAGCUCCAGCAGUGACAGCAGUUCAACAGGCGACGAGAAGUCUCGGAAGAAGAAGCGCAAGAAAGAAAAGGACAAGAAACGAAAACAAAAGAAGCAAAAGAAGGCGAAGACAUCAGAUCAUGAUGAGAAAGCCAGUGACAGCGUCACGCACAACCCUUUCCGGCUUUCAACAUUUUUUGAAAUGGAAAAGGAAUGA